AUGCAGUUCAACGGCUACUACUACGGUAUAAAGAUGUCGCGAGGCAGCACCACGUAUUACCAGUGUUCAACCUACCGAACUAAGAAGAAAUGCAAAGGAAAGGUCAUUGUCAAAGAGCUUGACGACGGUGGCACCGUCGUUAAAGAGACCGGUGAACACACAUGCAAGGCAGAGCCGGAGCCCAGCGUCAAGGACUGCGAUGAAGAGAUGCGUCAGUUGCUCGAGACUGAGGCUGUUACGUCUCCCGGCGUCAUCCCAUCAAGGCUGUUGAAGAAGGUCUGCGACCAGCUUGCAAAAAAGUACCCGGACCAGGCCAUGAAGCCCAUGCAGCGCGAGGAGGCCAUCAACUUCGGCAAUUACGUACGCAAGCAGGCCAACGGAGGUGACGAGUACCGCCAGAUCGUGAGAUUUCCGACGUUCAACGUGUUCUACGACAACGCGGGCAAGCGACAGCACAUCAUCGGAAUGGGUCACCCGGAUUUGAUCCGGUUACUCAAGUAUCCUGGAGCGUCUGUGUUCAUCGACGGCACGUUCAGCAUCACCCCGUCAGAAUUUCAGUAG